AUUUCCGGAAAUGAGGACCGGCGUGAGUAAUAUGCAAUUAAUUAGUCAGAAGUGACUCUGUCAAAGGUGAAGUGCGUUCAGUGAAGGGGAGUGUUCUUAUACUGCUUAAUUGAUGCUCAGUAUUCAUACACAGUGUUUAUCUUUACAGGUUUGAUAGGUUAUCUCCCAAGAAAAUUGUGAAUAUAAUUAAUUUGCGAUGCACUGAGUAUUGUUUUUCUGUAAGAAAGAUUGAGUUUUCCUCUUUCAAAAUCUUCUCUCCCAGUACAGAAUAGUUUCAGCAGUGAAGCAUCCUGCAAAAAAAGAGAGGAUUAUUUGGAGUGGCCUGAAUAUUUUAUGGCAGUAGCUUUUCUGUCAGCACAAAGGAGCAAGGAUCCAAGCUCUCAGGUUGGUGCCUGCAUUGUAAAUUCUGAAAACAAGAUUGUUGGAAUUGGCUACAAUGGCAUGCCUAAUGGUUGCAGCGAUGAUGCACUACCCUGGACAAGAACAGGAGCAAAUAGACUAGACACAAAAUACCCUUAUGUGUGCCAUGCCGAAUUGAAUGCCAUCAUGAACAAAAACUCAGCUGAUGUGAAAGGCUGCAGCAUGUAUGUUGCCUUAUUUCCGUGUAAUGAAUGUGCAAAGCUCAUCAUCCAGGCAGGCAUAAAGGAAGUUAUUUUCAUGUCUGACAAGUAUCAUGACACUAUAGAAAUGACAGCUGCACGGCGGAUGUUUGAUUUGGCAGGUGUAAUAUACAGAGAAUUCAAGCCGAAGUGUAACAAGAUCAUCAUUGACUUUGAUUCAAUUAAUGGCAGACCAAGUCAAAAGCUUCUGUGAAUUAUGUCUCAUUAAGUCUUUAGAAGAGUGUGAUUAUCUUUUUCUAAAAAGCUGCUAAUGCCUUUCAUCUUGAAGUUACUUGCAACUUUGUAAUGGUUUUUGCAGCUAAAGUAGAAUUAUAAGAAAUCCAAGGCGUAAAAAUGUCCCUCUUACUUCGUCUUGUCUUGUGGAAUCUAAAUCUACUUAAAAAUUUUUUAUGCCUUUACCAAAACUGCUUAAAAAGUGGAGGCACUAGAUGAAACAAUAUAAGUAAAGAAAACUGUUCUGAUUCUUCCUGUGUUCAUCACCACAUGCUCUGAUGGGCUGUCAGCAUAGAUUUAGCCUCAGUUUAACAUCAGUACUUGUAGCCAAUAGUGGAAUAUGCUAAUAGAUGUUGAUCUCCUUGUUGGUAUGUGGAUCUUAACAGUUGAUCCUAGUAAAGAACAAAAAAUGUUAUCCAUGCAAAUGCUAAUCUUCCAACUAGCAUAACACUAAUAUUUAAAAAGUUUUACAGCUUUAGGAACGUGUGGCAUUCUGCUUGUUACCCAACAAAUGAAAUGCUGAUUUUUCUUUUAAUUGCUAUCUGACAUUGCCAUACUUGGGGAGGGUUGAGAGAGGGAGCUGUUCUGAGAAUUGUCCAUGCCUGAGUGAGCUUUACAGGUGCUUUCAAAUCCUUGUUUUCCCAAGACUCCAGAAUUGAAGGGGCUUGAGGGAGUAAAUAAUUUGGCGCUUUACCUCUGGGACUGUUACACUGAGUGUGUUUUCAUGUGUAAAAGAAAAUAAUUCUAUUGGUCUAAGCUGUUGCUAGAUAAUCCAACAUAGCUCAGUCUUAAACUCCACCUGUAAGGAACUGAAUAAUUUUUUGUCCUGUGAGAGAAAUUGGAGAUAUUCAACCCAUAUCCAUGGCAAAAGAUGUACUUAGUGUUAGCUUGUUUCCCAGUGCUGACAUAGUACCUCCAUUUUCAUAAAUGUUGCCUAAAAUAAUAUCCUUUUUAAUUUUAUCUUGAGAUCUGGGAAUAGAUUUGAGUUCCUUUUCUCUAAUUUGAUUUUUAAAAAUUAAAUAUGCCUAAUGGCUUUGUUUAGAUAACAUUGGUGGUUGCUUUUUUUGUUGUUUUGGUUUUUGGUUGGUUUUUUUCUUUUUUCUUUUAAUGUGGUUAUACUUCAAUGAGCGUUUAUUUUCUCUACCAAAGCUUUGUUUCAUAUUUUGGGACAUUAUGUAAUUUGGCUUCAUACCAGUAUUAUUAAAGUCUUAUUAAAAUCCACUACACUGAAGUAGACUCAUUAUUAUAAUAUUAAGUCAUGCACUUGGCUCCAGAGCGCUGCUGUUUUUGCAAUCAUAUGGAAAGCAUAUUUUGUGCAUUUGUGAUAUUGCAUAAAGUAUAAUGUGCAUGAACCAUUUGACUACUAAAGGGAUCUCUGUAAUGUAUUAUGUGUCCAUUUAUAAGAUAAUUUCUGAGUUUCUUUUUCCUACAGCUGUUUUCCACGUCAAAAUUGGUCUGUGGCCUAGUGCCAGAAGAAGAAAUUUGCACAUAUGUGUGUGGGGGGAGCAUGAAACCUGAAAAAUUACUUUAAUAAAAUGUCACUAAGCCAGUUUAUGCACAUCUUUUU